CCUCCGUAGCACCCCAACUGUCUCUGGAGCCCUAAAGAUGUAUUUUUUGUGUGAAAAUUAGGAAAAUUAGGAAAAAGGGAAAAAAAAAGAUUUGACUACAUUUCACUGGAAGUGCAUGAAGUUAGGUGAAGUAGGGGGUCUUUCCAAUGGAAUGUAUUGGAUUACCAAAUAAAUCUGAGACAACCCAUUACUUCAUUCCAUUUCACCACCACAUUUGCGCCGCACGUGAAAAAGAGUGCCGAGAAAAUUUUGCAUUUUACGCAAAAAGAAUUGAUUUUGUGAAUAAAGAAAAGCGUGAAAAAUGUUGAGUGCAGCUCGUAUUCUCUCCAAAUUAACAUUGGAUACCAAUCCAAGUGCUAUGCGGUCAUAUUCGACGAUUCUCAGAAACCAAAUUCCCUACAUACCGGCCUGCUAUCAGAGCAAAUAUGGACAAAUUCGACACAAAUCCGAAGGUGUUAAGGGUGCUGUUAUUGGCAUUGAUUUGGGCACCACGAAUUCCUGCGUGGCCGUGAUGGAGGGCAAACAAGCCAAGGUGAUUGAGAAUGCCGAAGGGAAUCGCACGACACCAUCACAUGUGGCAUUCACGAAGGAAGGAGAACGUCUUGUGGGCAUGCCCGCUAAGCGACAGGCCGUAACAAAUUCCGCCAAUACAUUCUACGCCACAAAGCGUCUAAUUGGGCGGCGUUUUGAUGAUCCCGAAGUGAAGAAGGACAUGAAGAAUUUAUCCUACAAAAUUGUCAAAGCUUCCAAUGGGGAUGCCUGGGUACAAGGAUCUGAUGGCAAAGUUUAUUCACCAAGUCAAAUUGGGGCAUUUAUCCUGAUUAAAAUGAAGGAGACUGCGGAAGCAUACUUGAACACUCCCGUGAAGAAUGCUGUAAUCACUGUUCCUGCAUACUUCAAUGACUCCCAGAGACAGGCUACCAAGGAUGCUGGUCAGAUUUCGGGAUUGAAUGUUCUGCGAGUCAUUAAUGAACCCACUGCAGCUGCUCUUGCUUAUGGAAUGGAUAAAACUGAGGAUAAAAUAAUUGCUGUUUAUGAUCUGGGAGGUGGAACUUUCGAUAUUUCCAUUUUGGAAAUUCAAAAGGGUGUCUUUGAGGUGAAAUCCACCAAUGGUGACACCCUCCUCGGUGGUGAGGACUUCGACAAUUACCUCGUGAAUUUCUUGGUGAAGGAAUUCAAGAAGGAUCAGGGUAUUGACAUUACAAAGGAUCCCAUGGCGAUGCAGAGGCUAAAGGAGGCAGCGGAGAAGGCAAAAAUUGAACUCUCAUCCUCUCUGCAGACAGAUAUAAAUCUCCCAUACUUGACAAUGGAUGCUUCCGGACCGAAGCACAUGAACCUCAAGCUGUCCCGAUCGAAACUCGAGAGUCUCGUGGGGGAUCUCAUUAAGCGCACCAUUUCGCCAUGCCAGAAGGCUCUUUCCGAUGCUGAGGUGUCAAAAUCCGAUAUAGGAGAGGUGCUUCUGGUCGGUGGAAUGACCCGCAUGCCAAAGGUCCAGUCAACGGUGCAGGAAAUCUUUGGGCGUCAACCAUCGAGGGCUGUUAAUCCCGAUGAAGCUGUAGCUGUUGGUGCUGCCGUUCAGGGCGGAGUUCUUGCCGGAGAUGUUACGGAUGUUCUCCUACUGGAUGUGACACCACUAUCGCUGGGUAUUGAGACCCUCGGGGGUGUCUUUACACGUCUCAUUUCACGCAACACAACCAUUCCAACGAAGAAAUCCCAAGUAUUCUCCACUGCAGCCGAUGGGCAGACACAAGUGGAGAUUAAAGUGCAUCAGGGUGAGCGUGAGAUGGCGACAGACAAUAAACUUUUGGGUGCAUUUAGUCUCGUUGGCAUCCCACCGGCUCCACGUGGUGUUCCCCAGAUUGAGGUGGUCUUUGACAUUGAUGCCAACGGUAUUGUGCACGUAUCAGCUCGUGACAAAGGAACUGGCAAGGAGCAGCAAAUUGUCAUCCAAUCUUCUGGUGGACUGAGCAAAGAUGAAAUUGAAAACAUGGUCAAGAAUGCAGAACAAUACGCACAGGCGGACAAGGUGAAGAGAGAUCGUGUGGAGGCCAUCAAUCAGGCGGAGGGCAUUGUGCAUGAUACAGAAACCAAAAUGGAAGAGUUCAAGGAUCAAUUGCCCAAAGAAGAGUGCAGUAAACUCUCGGAGGAAAUCACAAAAGUACGCGAAAUGCUGGCAAACAAAGACAAUGCAGAUCCAGAGGAGAUUCGCAAGAGUACAGCAGCUCUGCAGCAGGCAUCACUGAAACUCUUCGAAAUGGCAUACAAGAAGAUGGCUUCUGAGCGGGAGGGAAGCAGCAGCAGCGACAGCAGUUCACAGAACAAAGAUCAGCAAAGCAGUGAAGAGCAGAAGGAGAAGAGAGAAAAUUAGGAUUAUAAAUAAGUAGUAUAAUUAUGUAAUCUUUCCUCAACAUCCCGAAUUCAGUUAUUAUUCUUUCUCCCCCCAUUUUUUUUUAUUGAGAACUGCAAUCCCCUAAAAUCUUUGAAAAAACAUUAUUUCUUAUAAAUAUAAAAUAUUUUCAAUAUUCAAUGCAAAUUGAAUUUAGCUGGGAAUUAUGUUUAGUUUUUAUUGCAAUGAACUUCCGGCAAGCAGCAUUUAAAAGAAACAAAAAUUUGGUGAAUAAAUAAGGCAAAAAAAGAAAA